AUGCCAAAGGAGGCAGACCACAUGGAGGAUGGAGGAGACAAGGAGUCGAAGGAGGAGCAGAGGCAGGGGGCUUCUGGGGAGACGGUUAGGAAGAGGGUCCGGGCGAACACUCCGAGUCCUCGCAGAGGCAACACUCCACAAGCCAGCCCACCCAGGUUUGUCUCUGUGGAGGAACUGAUGGAGACAGCUAAAGGAGUCACCAACAUGGCUUUGGCUCAUGAAAUAAUGGUGAACCAGGCUUUUCAAAUCAAACCUGCGGAGCUUCCUGAAGGAAGUUUGGAGCGCAGAGUGAAGGAGAUCAUGCACAAAGCAUUCUGGGAUUGUUUGGAAGCCCAGCUGAAGGAGGAUCCACCGUCAUAUGAACACGCCAUCAAACUUCUGGCUGAGAUCAAAGAGACACUGCUGUCUUUCUUGCUACCAGGCCACGGCCGUCUGCGCUCUCAGAUUGAGGAGGUUUUGGACUUGCCCCUGAUCCAGCAGGAAGCUGAAAAUGGAGCUCUUGACAUCGGUCGUCUGUCCCAGUUCAUUGUGUGGAUGAUGGGCUCACUUUGCGCCCCCAGCAGAGACGAGGACAUCCAGAAGCUGAAGCAGAUCACCGAAGUUGUGCCUCUGCUCAAGGCCAUAUUUUCAGUGCUGGACCUGAUGAAGGUGGACAUGGCUAACUUUGCCCUGAGCAGCAUCAGACCACAUCUGAUGCAACAGUCUGUUGAAUAUGAGAGGAACAAGUUCCAGGAGUUUUUGGAGAAACAACCAAAUGCCUUAGACUUCACUGAGAAAUGGCUUGAGGAUACAGUAAAAAGCCUGCAAGACUCAGCAGCAACAGGUGGUGCUGCAUCUGAUUCUUCACUCCACCCCCUCAGUGUUCAUAACCAUGCCUAUCUUCGCCUGCUCAGGUGGGACCACGACUCAGACCCCUUCCCGGAGACGGUGUUGAUGGAUCAGGUUCGAUUCCAGGAGAUGCAGCAGGAGGCUGAACAGCUGGUUCUUCUCUCCUCUGUGCUGCUCAUUGUCUACACUACAACUGGGGAGGCCAUCUCAGGCCUGCCAGGACUGAUGGAGACCCUCAAAAACACUGUUAACGUCUUGCUUGCAGACAUGCAUACACCGUCAUUUAGUGCACAGGAGGUCUUGGCGACCAUUGGCGAGAAACUGUGUGUUGAGCUGAGUCAGUGUCUAAGCCAGCAUGGCUACUCUCCAUUCUCAGCUGACCGAAAGAGCGCUCUGAAGGGGCAAAUUUCCGCCGCCAUCCAACCAGACAACACAGUCCGCAUGCUGAUGGAAUCUCGGGUUCACAACUACCUUCUGGCUUCCCUGGAGUCCAGCCAACAUAAGACCCCUCCUCCUCUGCCAGGAGGUCUGGCUCCAGUCAGCAAGGAGCUAAAAGAGCUUGCUGUUCACUUCAGUCGCCUUGUCAACUACAACAAGCUGGUCUUCUCCCCAUUCUACCAAAAGACCCUGCAGAAAAUACUGGCACCAGGGGAGAGUCCCAGCACAGACACAUAAACUCUGCAGGGAGGGAGAAGAGAAAUGUGGAGAGCGGUCUGUGAUUUUUUGCAGUUUCCUCUCACUAGUAACGGUUAAGAUUUAAAGAAAACAGUCACGGGAGGUGCCCAGAGAAGUAUGCACCUUAAACCAAGUCGAUUAGAAAAUAGACUCACAUCUCAGUUACGUUAAUUCACAAAGUUGUUAGCUUGGAAAAAUGUCAAACCUCAUUUGUGACCUAUUAGCAGCUGUCUUGGAUGAGCCUGUAUUCAGUAAUAUAGCAUGGCCAGGGUAUCAUUUGGAAUAGUUUAAUACCCAGAACUAAUAUUUGGGGGUAUUCUGCAUCUUUACCAUACGUGGUAGAGUCCUUGUGACUUAGUUUGCGCAAUAUUUAAUUAAAGAAAGAAUUCAGGAAGCUAAAGUGUCAGCGUAUGUAUCAUAAAAGUGUCCCAAAGUAGGAAGAUAUAGGAUCUCUUACACAAUCCCUUUUUCCUAAUUUAGGGAAUUCCCCCCAACAUCCAACAAGCUCCAGUGCUGCCCCCGCCUGUCAGGAGAUGCCAGGAGAUGUUAUGGUAUUUCACAGAUGUGUUUGCUUUAUUACGUUUAUCAAAAAAGAGCCACAAUCUCUACUUAUAAAGGGUCAUUUAAGUAUAUUUGAAAGGGAAUCUGUUUACUCAGGAUAAACAAGUCACCGAGCAUUUUUAAAACGAAUUUGUGGGGGGAAAUAAAGUGUUUUAGUGAAUCUGCCUGAAUGCUCCUUCCCGUUAGCUCCUGACAGGUGAGGCGGAGCUCUUCUAAAACACUGGCAGAGAGCUUCUUGAUGAGUUGACAAAGCUGACCCCUUCAGUGAGAUAUGUGAUGGGUAAAAGCCUUAAAGUAUUUAGAAAGCAUCAGUACGUUACGUUUUUUUAAACUUGCUGCUCAUGGCACUGUUUAACUGGCACUCUAAGCAGUUGUGUAGCUCACACAAGUGAAAGAAUGAGCAAGACAGCAAAUGCCUGCAUGUCUUUUACACUGGAACUGAAAGAGAAUACAGAGGGUACAAAAACUAUACACCUUAAUCUUUUUGUAGCAUUUAGUUCAUGCAUCUGUAAGUACUAGUGGAUUUUUUU